AAAUAAUAAAUUAUAUGAAAAAAAAAACCUCGAAAUAAAUCGAGCCUCUCCUCUCCCCCAGCUCAGCUCAGCUGCUGCUCGACCCUCACGUCCCCGCCUCAUUGGAAUCAAAGCUCUUCCCGAACCUCGCCGACGCAGCCGGACGAAAACAUUUCCACCGGCAAGGCUUCCUUCCGACUAGAGUAGUAGGCCAGAAUGCAGGAUGCUAUGUCCAAACACAUGUGCUUACAUUUCAAAUUCAGAGAUCGCAUCUCUUGUAUAACCAUGAAGACAACAGUGGAGGCUAUAACUUUGGCAAUGAUAGAAGAAAGGUUGUAUAAAAAGCUGAGUUUGGAUGAAAGGAAUGUAAAACUGGCGUUAAGGUACAAGCCGAUGGUGUUUGGAUGUGAAGUAUCAGAAGAGUGCAGAAUUUGUGAUGAUGAUGAGUUGUUCGGUUACCUUCUUUCCAUUGAUAAAGACAACCGUAGAAGUCUUUUGUUAGUGGAGGAGACGAGUAACUCGGAUCACCACUUAGAUAAGCUGUCCAGAGUGGGCGGAAGUUCGUUUGGUAUGAAUCACGAAGUGUUGCAGGGAAAUGAUGAUGAAGAAGUCGGACCAAACGCCAUAACUCUGUACGUUGAAAAGGGGCAAGAAAAUCUACAGGCAGAGAAUGGUGAUGAUACAACACAUGAUGAUUUUAUGGAUACAGACGACACUGCAGCUGAGACGGAGACUGCAGCUGAGACGGAGACUGCAGCUGAGACGGAGACUGCAGGUGAGAUGGAUAGCAGUGGUAAUAUAGAAACCGUUAUGAGAGUUACGUAUAUUGAGCAGCCACCUUUACUGAAAUGUAGUCAAGUUAUAGAGGAAUGGGGAGACGGUUUGGGUCUGUUCAAGCUGCAGGAAUUUCCAAACAAGAGAUCACUUCAAGAGGUGGUGGAUAGAGCUGCAUUUGGUGAAAGCUUUCGUUAUGUUAUCAAAAAAUCUGAUCGUAAACGGUUGGUGUUAAAAUGUUGUUAUGAAAGCUGUAAAUGGGGAUUGCGAGCUGCGAGGAUUGGAGUUACGGAUAUUUUUUCUGUUAGGAGGUACGUGGGUGUGCAUACAUGCUCUCGGACUAGUCAAAGUAAUAGCUGCAACAUCAAGAGGAAAGGCUCUGCAGGAUUAGUUGCAACUUUUUUGAAUGAGGAAUAUCCUGGAAAACUGAGGACUCCUCUCCCGAGAGAUAUCAUGGAUUUAAUCAAGUUAAAACUGGGUGUAUCAGUAUCUUACUCUACAGCCUUGAGAGGGAAAAAUCUAGCUAUGCGUGAGUUGCGUGGUAAUUCAGAAGACAGCUACAAGAUGUUGUAUAGCUACUUGCACAUGCUAGAGCAGGUUAAUUCCGGAACAACAAUAAAGGUGGAGUUGGAUGAGGCAGGAAAGUUCAAGUACCUUUUCAUAGCUUUAGGAGCUUGCAUUGAAGGGUUUAAGGUCAUGAGGAAAGUGAUUCUUGUGGAUGCAACGUUUUUGAAGAACGGAUAUGGUGGUGUACUAGUAUUUGCUAAAGCUCAAGAUCCUAAUCGUCACCAUUAUCCCCUCGCGUUUGGGGUACUCGACGGUGAGAAUAAUGCUAGUUGGACUUGGUUUUUUGAGAUGCUGAAAACUGUUAUACCAGACUCGUCUGAAAUAGUAUUUAUGAGUGAUAGGAAUCAGAGCCUCAUCACCGCUGUAGCAAAUGUGUAUCCACAAUCUCACCAUGGCCAUUGUAUAUGGCAUCUAGCUCAGAAUGUGAGAAAUCAUGCUUGUAACACCAUCAAAGCCGUAGUGGCAUGGAGAUUUAUGGAGUUGGCUAGGUAUUACACAUUGCAUGAGUUCGAGUCUGCUUAUGCAUCUUUUAAGGUGAGAUAUCCUUCAGCCUUCAAGUAUUUGGAGGAGAACACUAAGAGAGAAACAUGGGCUAGGGUGUAUUUUCCAGGUUGUAGAUACAACUUGGACACUAGCAACAGUGUGGAGUCGAUGAAUAGCGCGUUUAGGGAUGCAAGGAGGUAUGCCUUGAUACCACUGUUGGAUACAAUAAUCAAAAAGAUUUCUGACUGGUUUAAUGAACAUCGGAAGGACGCCGUGUCUGGAUCGAUUGAUACCAAACUGGUUCCUCUGGUUGAGAUCCAUUUGCACAACUUAUGGGGCAAAGCUGAGAAAACGCCAGUGCGUGAGCUGAAUAGUUAUGAUCUUGAGUACGAGGUAACCGACACUGACGAUGGGAAGGUUUAUUUGGUGAACUUGAUAGCGAAGACAUGUAGCUGUAAGGUAUAUGAUUAUGAAAAGUAUCCUUGUCUUCAUGGACUUGCUGCUUACUUAGAUUUCCUUGAGGUUCCUGCUGUUCAUGGUCGUCGACGUGAGGUCAACAUAGAGUAUCAUCAGUUGAGCUCACAGUAUUACUGGACAGAACUUUGGGCAAUGGCUUAUUACAGGACCAUUUAUUCUGUGCCGGAUAAGUCUGAAUAUAAUGUACCAGAUCACAUCAAACUGCUCCAGAUCAUACCUCCAAAAAAGCUAACGAGGAAGGGAAGGAAAAAGGUUAAUAGGAAUCCAUCAGUUGGAGAACGGCGUAAAAGGACACAAAAUGUAAGGCGACCGAGGACAAAUUUCGGGUUUAGUUGGCUGUUGUUUGGAAUGCGUACUAAUAAUCCAAGUGAACCAAACAAUCCAAGUGAACCGAACUAGAACUUUUGGUAUGUUGCCUUUGAUAUGUUGUUGCUUUUGGUAUGUUGAACUUGAUAUGUUGCUUUUUGUAUUUUGAACUUGGUAUGUUGCUUUUUGUAUUUUGAACUUGGUAUGUUGCUUUUACUUUA